ACACAGUGCGGAAACAAGCGGUGUUAGGUUCUACUUUUAAAAAACUUUGACAGUCGAGGCUUAAGAGCACAAAUACUUACUAUACAUUCGUUUUUAUGUGUCAUCUUACACGGUGUGUUCAAUAAUAAUUAUAAAUGUUAAAUAGUUACUUCGUUUCCGCCGUCUGUUGACCACCCUGAGCUUUUCUUUUUUUUCUUUUUUUGAUGUGUACUUCCGCGUACAAUGUUUUUUUCCCACUGACACACGGCAACUUUCGAACAGGAAACCUAUUAGACGCGUCGACUGUCUCUUUCUCUGCAUUCACCAGUGUGACCCCCCUCGUGAUUGCAGUAUGGACCAUGAAGAUGCCCACUUCUGGCAGGGCGAGUUUGGGGCUCAGUGCUCUAACCCAGCCAUGAGCAUCAUCGGGGCUGAGGAUGAGGAUUUCGAGAAUGAUCUGAAUGAUGUGACGGAGGACCAGUGCACACACUUCAACAACAUCGAUCUGUUGAAGUCACGGCCGACCCACCUGCUGGUCUUCAUGCAACAUGUCAUCCUACAGUUUGAACCCGCUCCCCUGCUGUGUUACCUCCAUGCUGACCUCUUCAAAAACCUCAGUGCCAAAGAAACCAAGAAGCAGUUUGUGGAGUUCUACAACACCUUCUUGGACAAAGGGGCAAUUCUCCGAGUGGCACUACCACCAAAUGUAGCCCAUGAAUUGGAACGGACCCGUGCAGAUCUGCUCCACGAGGACACCCAGAGGCGUUACGUUCAGGAGGUUCAGAGCCUGCAGGCGGCUGAAGUGGCCAAGCAGCUGGAAGAUUUCAGGCAGAAGAGGAUGAUGGGUAUGACGCCCAGCGAGGCUGAUCUCAGCGACGUGGAGAGCCACAACUCCACCAACCGCAUCCCCAGAGAGAUGAAGGAGAGGUCUGUGGCCGAGAACCUGCUGGACAAGAUGUCCGAGACGCAACCUACAAUUGUCAUGGACGAAGAAAAGUGCCAAUCCAUCUUCUCAGCGGUGGCCUACUACAUGAAGCACCUCGGGGUGAAAACCAGAGCUGUGGACAGUAAGAAGUCCAGAGGAGGUUUCUUCAGGAGUAAACUGGUAAAGAACAAGAGGGAUGAAUCCUCAAAGGCUAAACCCAGAGGAGUGUUUCCGGGUAUCCCCAGCUGGAUCGCAGGCAACACUGAAGUCAAACCUAAAACGGAGGCUGAAGCGGAAAAGGAGAAGGUGAAUCCGGAGCGAAAGGGUCUGGGUCCCGGCAGAGGGUCCGUGUCUGACUCUGCAAUGCCUUCAGCCCCCAGCAGGAAGUCUGUUUCCACUGGAAGCCCCUCCUCCCUGCCUGGGCUGGAGGUCAAUGAUGGGUCAGGCAACAAUGUCAGCAUCAUCAACUGCCCUGAGUCUUCACAUGGGGACGGUCUCUCAAGCAAUCGCUUAGAGCCUCCAUGCCAGUCGGAAGGGGGGGACGUGUCCCCUGUCGGGCUCGGGGGAGGGCUGAUAGUCGGGGAGCCCCUCUUCCCCAUGGACACUUCCACAGAGGACAAUGUGGAGAAAGAAAGACGCAAGACAAGUAGGAAAGUGGCUCGUAGUGAGAGUGCCCGUGUGGACCGGCACCCCUCUCGUCGUCGGGGCUCUUCCCGGGCCAAACAGUCCCGUUCCCGUAGCGAUGUGGACCUGCAGCCGCCUACACCUGUCAUGCUCAUCCCCCACCACCUCCAUCCUUUCGAUGGCCCAGUUCUCCCCCCUGAGGGGCUCGGCAACUCCCCCACCAGUCCCUCCCCCCAGCUGGAGGAGUUGGAGCCCCGCCUCCUGGAGUUCGAGCAGGACCCGACCAACUGGAGGGAGCUGGCCCCUCCUGAAGCUCUGUCCAGCCUCAGCAAGAAGGAGACCAAACGGCAGGAGGUUAUUAAUGAGUUGUUUGCAACUGAGCACGCCCAUGUGCGGAUGCUGAGUGUCCUCCAGAUGAUCUUCUACAGGCCUUUGGCGAGAGAGGAGCUCCUGACCUACACCGAUCUCUCCGCCAUCUUCCCCAAUCUGGAUGAGAUCAUUGAAAUGCACUAUAACUUCCUGGAGAGCCUGAACAAACUGCGAUGUCCGGAAGAUCACUUCAUAGUCAAACACAUCAGCACCACAGUGCUCAACAGAUUCGGAGGUACGGAGGGGGAAUGGUUCCAGAAAUUGACAGCCCGAUUCUGCAGUCACCAGUCGUGGGCCUUGGACCAGAUCAAGAGCAGACAGAAGAAAGAGCCACGCUUCAACUCCUUCAUACUGGAGGCAGAGAGUAAGCCCCAGUGCCGCAGGCUGCAGCUGAAGGACAUCAUUCCCAUAGAGAUGCAGAGACUGACCAAAUACCCGCUGCUGCUGGAGAAUAUUGCCAAGAACACAGAGGACCUGACAGAGAAGGAGAGGAUCCAGCAGAGCGCAGAGUGCUGCAGAAAGAUCCUCAACCAUGUCAACGACGAGGUCAAAGAGAUGGAGAACCUAUUGAAUUUGAAGGACUACCAGCGCAGACUGGACACAUCGGGGCUCAAACCCAGUAAUGAGCUGUAUACAGAAUAUAAGAACAUCGACCUGACUCAGAAGAAGAUGCUUUAUGAAGGCCUGGUGACCUGGAAAGUCACAAAGGAAAAGGCAAUUGAGGUGCAGUGUGUGUUGCUCGGGGAUCUGCUGGUGCUCCUCCAGCGGCAGGACGACAAGAUGGUCCUCAAAUGUCAGAGCAAGAGCAACAUCGCUGUGCAGGAGGGCAAGCAGAUGCUGAGCCCCAUCAUCAAGCUGAACUCAGUCUUCCUGCGUGAGGUGGCCACAGAUCGGAAGGCCUUCUAUGUGAUAUUUACCUGGGAAAGCGGUGCUCAGAUCUAUGAACUGGUGGCACAGUCUAUAGGAGAGAGGAAAAUGUGGACGGAUGUGAUUAAAACAGCAGUGGAUGAUCUGAAGAAGAGUGGAGCGCCAAUGAGGUUGACGCCUGCUAUUGGAAGUGUAUUACCUCCCUUGAGUCCCUCCACGCUGACUGCCCCUUUGAGCCCGACUGAGAACGGAGGUUUAAAAAGCAGCAGUGAUCGAGAUAAGGACAGCUUGACGGAUGACAAGUCUGCGGACCCGAGGCACAGGCUGAUUGAUUUCCUGUCAGACAAAGGCUUCGACUUGAUAGGCCACUCCAACAGCGAUCAGGAGAAGAUGGCCAACAGUGCUUUGGAUGAAGUCAUGUCGCUCAAAAGGCUGUUGGUCGGCAGCAUCAGCCUUUCAGAAGACUCGCAGCCCGACGAGGAAAACGGAGAGGAGCAAUCAGAGAGGCAGGAAACGGAUAACUGUCAGUCCACAGAAGAAAGCCAGGCCACAGACAGGGGAGCGGAGGAGGAGGAGGAGAACGGUGACUCUUUUGAAAAAAAAGGUGCCGGGACGAAGGGCGAGGAGGAGAGGAGCAUCACCGCCCCCCUGGUGCUGUCCCAGGAGAGGAUGGAGGAGGUCUGCAGGAGGCUCCACAGCCUGGAGAAACAGCUAACGAGACUACAGACUGUCGAAGAGGAGCACCACCGGCUGCAGGAGGCCCUUUCCAAGUUCUCACUGGGGGGGGGGAACUUCCAGUGAGACACCAUCACGCCACCUGCUGGCCACUAGAUUUUUACUGGUGCUGGUUUGGAGUGCAGAGUGACUUUCAGAGGCUUCCCUGGCUAUUCCUAACCCCUCGUAGGCCAUGCCUGGACCCUGCUGCAUCAUGGGGGCUUUGUGCACAGUGCAGGGGCUCACUGAUGAAACAUGGGAGGGAGUGUGCAUGUGUAUGUGUGUCUGUUUGCAUGCAUGCUUGGUAGAGAGGUAAACAAAGAAAAAGACAAACGGGACAUCCUACUUUAAGGUUGUUUUUGCAGAGAGGUGCCAUAAAAAAAAAAAAAGAAUCAAUAUUGUGCUAUGAGAGAUGCUGCCUAACGAACUGUAGUGAUUGCGAUCUGCUGUAACACACAUACGCACACCAGAGACAUGCACGCUAGAAAAUAAUUUACUUUAUUGCCAAUAGAUGUGCAGCAAAGGAUAUUCCUAUGAUUGCCCACCUGGUUAUCUAUGAGCAGGUGGAGGCCUUGAGGGGCCGAUGUAGCGUUUGAAGAUGUAUUGAAAUACUACUGCUGAUAUAUAGUGUUAUUUCUAGUCUAUGCCAAAGCACCACAGAGAUGCACUUUUUUAUAAUCAAACCAAGUUAAGGCCACACUGUUUUUGCGCAUUGUAUUUACUCUAUUCAGUACAGAUUGGGCUUCAUGUAGGCAGCCCUUAUUAUUGAAAAUAUUGCAUGCAGGAACGUGUGUGUAUGUGUGUUACAAAGUUUUUUUUAAUUAAGGAUGUGCUUGUUUGGGGGGUUCUUACUGCCAUUAGGUCACAUAGAAACAUUUAUAAAUAGUGGCGCUAUAGGUAAUCAUGCUGUUGAUAAUGGAGACUUGUUUGUAUGUACCUACCGCUUUUAUUUAUUCCUCUGGGGUCUGCUGGGUCAGCGAGUUGUGUUACAGCACCGAGCCGAAAUAAUAAAAAAGAUGGAGAGAUGUUUCAAAACGGAGAAGGAAAAACCUAGCAAAUGUAUAAGAGAGUGAUGGAGAGAGAUGUAGAACUGAGUUUGGAGGUUGUGCUUCGGUUGUUAGAAUCCAGCUUGACGGUCCAUGAGAAGAUGCACACACACACACACACACACACACACACACUGAAGGUGCUACAGAAAGUCAUUUGGUGGCAGCAUCACUUCUGCAGAUUUCCCCCAGAUAGAUGUCCCAGCUCCUGACCCCGAAACACAGACCUGACACGGGGCUAUACAUUGUAUUAUACGACGUUAGAUUCACUGUUAUUAGCAAAAGAGUCUAUCUUUCCUGGUAGCAAUAUUUCUAUUGAACCCGAGCUCUGUCUUUGUAUUUUAUUCAGCAGUUGAUUGUAAUUAUUAUGAUGAUGAUAUAUUUCUGAGUAGUGGCAUAACUGUGGGCCGUGCACACAGGACCAAAGACGUAAAACAAAGCAAACGUUAGAUCCUCAUACAGUACCAGCUGUAAUUCUCUUCAUGCUUCAUUGUGGCAGCAGUAAGUCACUUAAUGCCAGGAGUGAUCGCUCAAGUUAAGCAAAAGAAUUUCCAAAAACAUAUAGAAGAAAUAACGCAUCGGUUGUCAGUUAAAAAUACAUUCUUCUAUUAUUUAAAGUAGAUACUAAGAUGAAGAAUGCUAGACUGUGCUAGCCUUAUGACCACCUCUGUGGCUUUUAUAUACACUUCUAUACUUUGGUCAGCAACAAAACAUAAAAUACAUUAUAUCUUCACCUGGUUUUGAACACUUGGGACCAGCAGCAGAGACAGUGGAAGCCAGAUGAGGACACAAAGGAAGGUUUGGAGGAAGGAAACACACUCUCACCAGCUCUGUGUUCAUGAUCACUUCCUGAUAUGUUGCCACAACAACAAACCCUUUGACCCCGCUCAACCACAAUGCAAACUGUAGGGGCCGUUUACUCACUUUAACGUCACAAGAUGCAGAAUAUACACAUUUGUGUUAACUGCCAUCUCUCCCCUUGUCUUCUUGUUAAAAUGUAAAUAGAUGUUAGCUUGAAGGAACAUUUAGAAAAAGCAUAAAAACUAGCCCCCUUCUUAUUGUUUAAUAAGCGUAUUAGCUUCAUACAACACCCUUCACUUGUGAUAGCAUGAUCACCUUUUUCCUACCGCACAGUUUUAACAUAUGUUGUCGUGUCUCACUUGAUUUACUUAAACGGGUCGGGGAGGUUUUGUUACUGUUUUCAAACAAAGCUUUUUGUAAUAAAUGACUAUGCAUUUGGCCAUAACGGUGAGAGAGACAGCACUUGUCUGUAACUUGUCUAUGCAUGAAUGGAUUUACAAAAGAUGGUGGUCUAGGGGUGCACGUUAAAGUGUGAACCCGCUCUGCUGUUAAAGCUCACCAAUGCGGAUACUGUAAUACAGAGCAUCUCGAGCAGAUGUUUUACUAUCAAACUGCAGUGAACGACUGCUACAGGCACUUCUCGCUCUCUCAGAUGCUUUCCCUCAUGCAUUCUAUAUUACACAUACCUAGAUGUAUAGACAAAUGUAUUUAUAGAAUGGUGCCUUGUCCAGAUGAUCACGUUGUCUUUGAACACAAUCCUGUUGCUCUGUUUGCACCGUCUUUCCCGCGAGAGACGAAGUCAGAACGAGCAUUGAUUGAAUAUUGAUAAUCCCAGGACUCUGUGUCCGCCUACAUCCCACAGUGGGGUCUGCGCUCAGUGAAGACCCUGCUCCUUGUCAUACAGGCGUCUGCCAUCAUGUCUAUCUAUAAACAAUGAAUAUGCAAGAACUAUACUGUGUAUUUGGGUUUUUGAUUUUUUUUAUUGUGUAAGAGGCUCUUUAAUUGAUGUAUUCUUAAAGACCAUUUGUGGUACGUUCUGUUUUUAAAUUCUUCACUUUUUAAUAAAUUGGGGAAAUAAA